UCGCGUUUGCAGAUCAACGUGUCCGCUAGUAUAAUCUUAAAGCCAAAUGAUUAUAACCGCGAAAGUAGUGGCGAUAUGUUUGGGUUUGGCCCUUACCGCCUUUACGGUAUCCACGAUUGUGUUGGCUGUGCAGAAGGCAAAUUUGACGGAUGAACUGAAUGAUGCACUUAAAAAGUUAGAUGACCUGAGCACAACUACCACUACAAUUACUACCACCACUUCUGCCAGCACUACCACUACCUCAACUACUGCCGCCGGUACUACACCUACAACUACUGUAUCAACAACCACUGGAGUACCAGAGACUACAACCACAGCACCGGAAGUUAUCAAAUAUAGACUUCCCGACAGCAUUUACCCAAUUAACUAUGAUCUCUAUCUACAUCCUGAUAUCGAUACGGGUAACUUCACUGGUCAAAUGGUAAUCCGUGUGAACACCACUAGUGCUAUCAACCAAAUUGUGCUGCAUUCCAACAAUUUAUCGAUCAAUAAUGUUUAUCUAAAAAAUACUAAUAGUCAAACGGUAUAUGUAAAGAAUUUUUACUUCGACGCGGUGCGUGAGUUUUUGGUGGUGGAGUUGAGUGAAGAGCUGCCAGCUGCGCGUGCCUUCGAUAUCGGCAUAUUGUUCGAGGGUAAUAUGUCGGGGAAAAUUGUUGGACUUUACAGCUCUUCAUAUACAAAGGAGGACAGUAGCAAGAAGGUUAUUGCUACCUCUAAAUUUGAACCAACUUAUGCGCGUCAAGCUUUCCCUUGUUUCGAUGAACCGGCCAUGAAAGCAACUUUCGAAAUUACGCUGGUAUAUCCCAAAGGGGGUGACUACCAUGCACUUUCCAAUAUGGACAUUUUGCAAGAAUCCGAUCAGGGUAAUUAUGUGGAGGUCUACUUCAACAAGAGUGUACCGAUGAGCACCUAUUUGGCCUGCUUUAUUGUUUCGGACUUUACAAGCAAAUCAGUUGAAAUCGACACAAAUGGCAUUGGUUCACCUUUUACGCUGCGUGCGUUUGCCACGCCUGAACAAAUCGAAAAAGUCAAUUUUGCAUUGGAAGUGGGCAAAGGAGUAUUGGAAUAUUACAUACAAUAUUUCCAAAUUGAAUAUCCCUUGCCGAAAAUGGAUAUGGCAGCAAUACCGGACUUUGUCUCUGGCGCCAUGGAACAUUGGGGCCUUGUAACAUACCGAGAGACCGCCUUGCUCUACGAUGAAGCUGAGAGUUCGACAGCGAAUAAGCAAAGUGUGGCAUUGGUUAUUGCUCACGAAUUCGCCCAUAUGUGGUUCGGAAAUUUAGUUACAAUGGAGUGGUGGAACGAUUUAUGGCUUAAUGAAGGUUUUGCUAGGUACAUUGAAAACAAAGGUUUGAACGCUGUAUAUCCAGAGUGGAAAAUGCUCGAUCAAUUCAUUUCAUAUCGUCUACAUGCCGUGCUUACGCUUGAUGCCACAUUAGGCUCACAUCCGAUUAUACAAACUGUGGAGAGUCCCGCGGAGAUUACAGAAAUAUUUGACACAAUCACUUAUGGCAAGGGUGGCUCCUUAAUACGUAUGUUGGAAGAUUUCAUUGGUGCUGAUAAUUUCCAAACGGCUGUUACGAAUUACUUGAAUAAGUUUAAAUAUAAAAAUGCCGUGACCGAUGACCUUUUAACCGAGAUCGAAAACUUGAAUUUGGGCAUUGAUGUAAAAUCGAUUAUGAACACGUGGACAGUGCAAAUGGGUUUCCCCGUAGUUACAGUUGAGCAGGUAACAAUGAAUACGUAUCGUUUAACGCAAAAACGAUUUUUCUCGAAUCCAGACGAUUACGAUACUGUUUAUGAAGAUUCGCCGUACAAUUACACCUGGUCUAUUCCAAUCACUUUUAAAACAAAUGUCACCGCGGAUGUUCAACGAGCAUGGUUCUUAUAUGAUCAAGAGGAGUUGAUUAUUGAAUUGGAUAGCCCGGCAAAAUGGAUCAUGUUCAACUACGAUCAGAUUGGAUUAUAUCGUGUAAGUUAUACCGAUGAAUUGCGGAAGAAUUUGGUUGAUGAGCUGAUAGCAGAUCCUCAGACGUUUACUGUUGGUGAUCGUGCUGGCUUACUGAAUGAUGCCUUCUCAUUGGCCGAUGCCACCCAACUUUCCUAUGACACAGCGCUCGAUAUGACUUCUUAUUUGACGAAAGAGCAGGAUUAUGUGCCCUGGAGUGUGGCAGCAACAAAAUUGACCACACUUAAGCGCGCUUUGAUGUUCACUGACACUUAUGUGAAUUAUAAGCAAUAUGCGCUUGCGUUAAUAGAACCGAUUUAUAAGGUCGUCACCUGGGAUGUGGGCACAGAUCAUCUGGAGAACCGCCUGCGGCAAACCAUACUUAGCAGUGCCUGUUCACUUGGACUCGAAUCGUGUCUGCAAAAUGCAGCAGCUCUCUUAAAAGCUUAUCUAGCGGAGCCCACUACUCGCCCACAUCCGGAUAUACGUGAAACCGUAUACUACCAUGGCAUGUCAGCGAUUGGCAAUGAAACAACCUGGCAAGCUAUGUGGUCGCUAUUCAUUGCCGAGUCGGAUGCAAAUGAAAAAUCUAAAUUGAUGUAUGGCCUAGCCGCUGUACAAGUGCCAUGGAUUCUAAGCAAUUAUGUCAAUCUCGCUUGGUCGGAAGACAAUGUGCGCAGCCAAGAUUAUUUCACUUGUCUGCAAUAUAUUGCGUCCAAUCCCGUUGGUGAAUCUAUUGUCUGGGAUUAUGUGCGUGAGCAAUGGCCGAAGUUGGUUGAGCGCUUUGGUAUAAACGAGCGCACUUUGGGCAAUUUGAUACCUGCAAUCACAGCAAAUUUCGAUAAGCAAACCAAGUUGGAGGAAAUGGAACGACUCUUUGCUAAGUACCCAGAAGCCGGUGCUGGUGCAGCGGCACGUGUGCGCGCUUUGGAGGCGGUGAAAAACAAUAUAGUGUGGCUGGCGAAUAAUAAGAACAAGAUUGGCGCAUGGCUGGAAAAUUACCUAGUUUGAAUGGCAAAAUAAUAGUAAUUUUAAUUUGGCACUGUAUUUACACAUAAAGAAAAAAUGAAUAUGUACAUACAUAUGUGAAUAGAUUUAAAAGUAUUUAUGAAAAGCACUUCGAUUUUCUU